AGUUCCUGCGGCCAGGGAUCCAAUUUGAUCUGGUACUGCGACCUAUGCUGUAGCUGAGGCAAUUCUGGAUCAUUAACCUUCUGCUCCGUGGUGGGAACUCUGCAAUAAAGUAUUUUUAAAUUAAGUAGGAGGAGAAAAUAACUACAGAACUGACUCAAAACGCAAGAAAAGUUCUGAGGGUCAGGGAUGGAACCUUGGGUUCCUCAGCGGCCACCUCAACCCCGGGGGAGGCCCCCAGGCUCAUCAAAGGAUCCAGACCGAGGGCGUCGGAGAGAUGGCUACUAUUGGCCUGUUCCUUACUCUUGGUACAAUAGAGAGAGGGUCCAUCAAAGGCAAGACCUGGGCAGGAGCCCCCAGCCACAGCAGGACCCCAGGGCAGACCAGCAGCAGCCUCAUUAUGCAUCCAGGCCUGGGGAAUGGCAUCAGCCUGGGUCCGAGGCUGACUAUUACGAAGGUGGCUAUCCCAGUCAAUUCUACUUAAGGCCGGGGACUGAGGAUCUGUAUCAGACCUAUCACUCUCCAGCCCUCAGGGAAGAAUAUGCUUAUGGAAGUUAUUACUACCACCGACACCUGCAGGAAGAAAGAGUGCCGAGGCAAGGGAGUCCUUACGUCUGGCACGAAGAUUAUCGAGAUCAAAAGUACCUCCAGGAACAUCAGCGUGCAAACCAGAAGAGUCCAUUUGCUGAGACGCAGUUCCAAUCUAAGAGUCAGAACCCGUAUAAAGACAGUCCUGCUUCAAACUCUGGACAGGAGGAGCCUGGGGACUUACUUCCAGAGAGUCUGUUAACUGAGGCCCAGAAAAACAAGCCAUCCCUGAUGGAGGAGUCCAACCUUCUCCGACAGCACGAGUCUGGUCUCAGCUCCAGCAGCUAUGAGCUCAGCCAGUACAUGGCCGACGCCUUCGAGCCGCACGACCCCACGGCUUCCACAGCUUGGAGUCCAGUUCAGGCUGAGGAUGUCUCGGCGGCUGGUCCCAAGGCACCCAUGAAGUUCUACGUCCCUCACAUGCCUGUGAGUUUUGGGCCAGGGGGUCAGCUGGUGUGUGUGGGUCCCAGCUGUCCCGGGGAUGGAGAGACGGCCCUUGUUGAACUGCACAGCAUGGAGGUUAUUCUUAAUGAUUCUGAGGAGCAAGAAGAGAUGAGGACUUUCCCGGGACCCUUGGUCAGGGAAGAUGUACACAAGGUGGACAUCAUGACCUUUUGCCAGCAGAAAGCAGCGCAGAGCCGCAGAUCUGAGACACAGGGGAGCAGAGACUCGGCUCUGCUGUGGCAACUGUUGGUUCUCCUUUGUCGGCAGAACGGGUCCAUGGUGGGGUCUGACAUCGCGGAGCUGCUGAUGCAAGACUGCACGAAGCUGGAGAAGUACAAGCGGCAGCCGCCUGUGGCCAACCUCAUCAGCCUGACGGAUGAGGACUGGCCAGUGCUGAGCUCGGGGAGCCGGAACCUGCUCACCGGGGAGAUCCCGCCCAGCAUGGACACGCCUGCGCAGAUCGUGGAGAAGUUCACGAAGCUGCUCUACUACGGAAGGAAGAAGGAAGCCUUGGAGUGGGCCAUGAAGAACCAUUUGUGGGGCCACGCUUUGUUCCUUGCCAGCAAGAUGGACUCAAGGACCUACAGCUGGGUCAUGAGUAGCUUCACCAGCACGCUGGCGCUCAACGACCCGCUGCAGACCCUCUUCCAGCUCAUGUCGGGGAGGAUCCCCCAGGCGGCCACGUGUUGUGGGGACAAGCAGUGGGGAGACUGGAGACCUCACCUGGCUGUGAUUCUGUCGAAUCAGGGUGGGGACCCGGAGCUGUAUCAGCGCACGAUCGUCACCAUGGGGGACACCCUGGCUGGCAAGGGGCUGGUGGAGGCAGCUCACUUCUGCUACCUCAUGGCUCACGUGCCCUUCGGAUACUACACCGUCAAGACAGACCACCUGGCUUUGCUGGGCAGUAGCCACAGUCAAGAGUUUUUGAAAUUUGCAACAACUGAGGCCAUCCAGAGGACGGAAAUCUUCGAAUAUUGUCAGAUGCUGGGCCGCCCCAAAUCCUUCAUCCCUUCUUUCCAGGUGUAUAAACUCCUUUAUGCUUCCCGUCUGGCAGAUUACGGCCUUGCGUCCCAGGCCUUGCAUUACUGCGAAGCCAUCAGCACAGCCCUCCUGAGCCAGGGGGAGAGCAGUCACCCGUUGCUAUUAGUGGAACUCAUCAAGCUGGCAGAGAGACUGAAGCUAUCGGACCCUCUGGUUUUAGAGCGCCACCGCCGCCCAGGAGACAGGGAGCUGGAGCCAGACUGGCUGCUGCAACUUCGGGGGCGGCACAAGGAGCUGCAGCAAAAGGGAGCCGGAGACACUGGGGAUCCUCAUCCUGCUCGUUUGGAUAUUUCUGGAGCCAGAAAAACAACAGAACACACUUUCUACCAGGAUCUUUCUGGACAUCAAGGCAACUCGGAAGCCCUUGGGGGCUGCUCAGCCCAGUGGCCAACGCCAGAGCAGACGGGCCCAGCCCAGCUCAGUCCACAGCAGCUCUUUGCCCUCCAGCCCAGCUCCUACCCAGCAGCAGGAGGAGGUUCCCAGCAGACUGGGGUCCCAGUGCCUCUUUACGCAGUUCCAGAGACCCAUCUGCCAGGGACUCUUGGCAGUGUGGCAGUGACAGGGGCUCCUGGAGAAAGGGCCUGGGAGGAAGCCCAGCAGAUGCACCCGCCACCUGGAGAGAACACGGUGGUGUCUCCAGAAACCUUCCAGCCUCCUGAUGGUCAGAAGGUUGUUUUCAAACCACAGGUGCCCCAGCUUCCCAGAGCACGACGUGUGUCUGAGAGCUCAGCUGUCUCAGACAAGGACGAUGAGGAGGGGUCCUCCGAUGAGGCAGAUAAGAAGUCUCCCCAAAGUACUGCCCAGAGAGAAAGGCCCGGAGAGGCCAAGGAGAAUACGAAGAGCUCGGGGUUUGGCUGGUUCAGCUGGUUUCGCUCCAAGCCCACCGACAACGCAUCCCCCUCUGGAGACGAAGACUCAUCUGACAGUCCCGACUCCGAGCAGGAGACCCCCCGGGCAUCUUCCCCCACCCAGCCUGUCCUGGGCCUCCCACCGACACCUGCCCCAGAGCCCCAGACUCUGCCGGGCACCAGUGUUUUCUCCAGCGACGAAGGUGGGGGUGAAGUCCGAGGAUCAGCAUCCAGUGAGGGGACAGCUGAGGGCCCUGGACAUGGAGGCUUGUCAGGGCCUGAGGGUGUUCCCUCUGAGCCCUACUUCAGCUCUGGGAUUCUGCUCCCUCCACCCUCCAUGAAUGGGGCUGUUCCUCUCUACAACCCGUCUCAGGUUCCCCAGCUCUCCAUGGCUACCAGCUUGAACCGGCCAAAUCGCCGCUCAGCGCCGCUAUCCAACCCAGCCAUGACGAGAAUCACCACCCACCCCAGACUGGUCUCCCUGAAGCACAGCUUUUAUGUUGCUUUCCUUUCUCAGGCUCCCAGCCCCUCUGUCACAUGGGAGCUCCCAAGAGGGUUGUGCUAGUCCAUUGCCCGAUCACCUCCACGGGGCACAGAGAGGACAGGGGGAGGGGACAGGGUCUCCCAGGAUACAGCUCAGUUCCCUCUCUUAAGAUUGGCUUUGGAAUGAUGGUGGAGAUGACUUCGUCAGACGGAAAAGCUGGUAGAAGAGCAGACUGGAGGUGAGGAGAACGCCAUGGCAGCAGCACUUAGGAUGUGGCUUCAGAUCCCUGGAAAAGUCAGGGCCUAAAAAUCCCCCUGCUGGAAUCAGCGAUGACACCACCGGGUUCAGCAGGAGGAAAUUGUUGGAGGAGGGGCACUGGGACCAAUAGUCUAGACUAAAUUUGACUCCGUCCUCAGCCUUAGUUAUGGACCAGUUCCUGGCUCUAGUGAGCGAAAGAUUUUUAUACUGAAAGUGAAUCGUUGUUUCCCAUCCUCGUUCCCUCUUCGGUGACAUUUUGGUAGUUUCCCUCUUGGUUUUAGUUUUCUGCACAAUUUUUUUUUUUCAUGGUUCAGAUUAAUUAUAUUUCUCUCCCUUUCUUAGCUGGUCCUAUUUUUUCACAUUCUGGCAUCUGGCUAUCAAGUUAGAUUGCUGUAGGCAUCAUAUUGUCAUGGUAACUGCUGAACCUAAUGAUGCAGAUGGAUGGAACAUCAGUAUAAUAAAGGAUGGAAAUCGUUUCCUAAAAAUUCACCCCUUCCAUAAGGGAGAAGGCAUGAGUGCCUGAGAUUUUUAAUACCUCCCUUCCUCCUGCAGGCCUUUGCAAAUUGACGUUUGGAGGGUCAUGGGAGCCAGAGGGAGGAGGGGGACAGCUUGGAAAUUUCCAUUUCUCCUUUCAAACCCUCCAGUAGGAAUGACUCUUGCCGUAUGUCAGAUUUGCUGAAAAUUUGCUCCUCACAAAGAACAUUUUUUGUAUGUGUAAUUGUACAGACAGGUUCUGUACCCUAAUGUACUAUGGUUCUGAUGUUGAGAGCGAUUAAACCAGAAAAUGUUAUAGCAGA